AUGUCACUGUAUCCUAAUGCUACAAGGAUUUUGCAACCCUGUGAUGUAUCCACUUUCCGACGAAUCAAAGAAGCUUGGCGUCAGUCAGUACGAAAGUGGGAAGAAGAACAUCCGGGGCAAAUAGUAAACAAAGUCGUUUUUGCUGGUAUUCUAGAAAAUGCUGUUAAUAAAAGCUUCAAAGCAGAAACAGUUGUAACCGAGUUUAAAGUCUGCGGUUUGUAUCCUUUCAAUCCAUAUAACGUCGACUAUACAAAAUGUCUAGGAGUGGGGACCAUGCAGCAACCAAAUAUUGGAGUAGAAAAUCCUACUCAGCACAAGAUGUCCUACGACAAGUUUGCAACAAUAGUUGGUCCCAAAAAAUGUUCCAAAAUACUGAUGGAAAAACAGGAGAAAAUUUGCGUCUAUUAUUCAAGACUUGGAGAUUCUUCCGAAACGGUGAUAGAAUACCUACGGAUAUCACAGAGCCAAAAAAUAAAAUUAAUAUCGUAUAAAAUAUAG